GCUUGCUACCUACGUCAAGGAAUCCGAGUGUCUUAUAAUUUGUCUCUUAUGGCUCCGUAACACAUUUGCACUCAUUUUCUUUCCUUAUCAUUGAACACCAGAGUCAGGCUCCAAUACCUUCAGGAUGUCGAAGCAAUACCUAACCCUCCACACCCUAACCUCCGCCCACCCCUCCGACAUCUUUGCCCUCGCCCCCAAGAAAACCCGUCUCCUCUCCGCCUCCGGGGCCAGCAGCAUAAACAUCUAUGAUACCACGCAAUCCGACUUCCCACUCGUACAGACACUCGAAAACGCACAUCCGCUCGGAAUCCAUCAUCUCGUUACCGCGAGAGAAGCACAGAGAGCCGCGAGUGCGGGAUUUGAAGGGAAGGUCAAGAUAUGGAGUGCGGAGGGAGAGAAUGGAGAGUGGAGCUUGGACGGAGAAAUUGUGGAUGGGAAUAAGCCCGGCGACGUGUGGGCGAUCGCGCUCAGUGCUGAUGGGAACUAUCUCGCUAGCUCGAGCAUCAAUGGGAAAGUGAAUGUGUGGGCGCUGGACCAGCAGGGAAUGCCGAAGAUUAGGGAGUAUGAGACCAAGGGCAGCUUCGGCCUGUGUGUGGAUCUGAGCGCGGAUGGCCGCUUCACAGCCUCCGGCCAUGAGAACGGCAGCAUAUACAUCUUCAACAACGACACAAGCCGUUUGUCACAUUCUGUCGCGGGUCUCGUACAUCCAGUGCGGUCCGUAGCGUUUAGCCCUGCGUCGAAGCUGUUAGCAGCUGCUGGUGAUGCGAGGAUCAUUGCUCUAUACGAUGUCAACUCUGGCGAGCAGGUUGCGAAUCUCACGGGACAUGGCGGCUGGGUAUUAAGUGUGGAUUGGAGCGACACUGGAGAAUAUUUGCUUUCUGCAUCCCACGACUCGAAAGCCAAAAUAUGGCGCAUCGAAACCCGCACAUGCGUCGCCACACACUCUCAUGGUGAUAAACCCUUAUGGUCGGCGAAAUGGUUACCAAAGGUUGCCGGUCGGAGCGAGAUGUUUGCCCUAGGAGGUGGAAAUCAGAACAUCGCCUUCUAUCGUGAAGCUGCAGGUUGAUGGAAUUGCAGCUUACCCUUGCUGAAACAACCAAGAUACCUACCAGUUUGAGCGCGUGGAUGAGGAGGCAGCUGUGACGUACUAUAUCACACCAUGAUGUAGCAUGGAUGAAUGGGUUGGUAUCUGAGGGAGGGGAAGCUUACUGGCUUCAAUAUGCUGUACGCUCCUCUUUGAAAGUAACAAAGGGGCAGGAUACGCUCGAGUGUAGAGUCGAUGGCCUCAGGCAACUGCUACCCUCCAAACAAGACAAAAAGAAUGCUGAAAAGCAUGUACGAAAAGAGAAUCGAGCACUUACUUGGUGAUUGCUUAAGCAUAAGCGCAUGCCUUUCACCGGCUAUCUUGUCUGAUACGAAUAAAUGAUCCUCUGGUAUGGCAG